GCAAGGGGAAAAAAAAGAAAAGAAAAUUCUCAUGCCGAUGAAAACCAUCAUUUUAACCUGUUACUCUGGUGGGUUGCCCAGCCCCCUUCCCUCCACAGUCUCCGGCAGCAUCUGAGGGAAAAACCCUUCAGUUCUCCGCUGGGGGGAGCUGCUACUGUUACCAAAGUUAGGUGCCUGGACUGGCUUUUCUAGCUGGGGCUUGUGGUUGCGAGUCUUGCAUUCUUGGGAAGCUGUGCUUGCCCUAUAGUUUGUCUUGCAGCUGGGGAAGUUUCGCUGCUGGCUUUUUCACGCAUCCCCUUGUAAACUGGGUGCACUUGAAGCCGUGGAAGAACAACAUGAGCCAGGAAAUCGAAACUGGUUUCUUGUAAAUUUUUUGAUUAUCUGGAGACCUCUGACUUUAAAAUGGCUACUGCUUCUUUGCGUCAUGGAGUAACUAUUGCUGGCGCUAUCUUGCUAGUGACAGGAACACUAUGUUUCGCUUGGUGGAGUGAUGGUGAGAUGGUGGCCACAUCAAGCAGUGAUGUCAUUCCUCGUGGAGAAGCUGAACCAGUGAUAAGUUCUUCCUCUUCUAAUGCAGUUCUCAGGUCCAUCAGCUUCCUCUGCUGUGGGAUUGGUGGGCUCCUCCUCCUUUUUGGUCUCCUCUGGUCAGCAAAUGCUGGAAUUGUCUCUCAACGCUACCAGUACCAUUUUUCCAGAGACCUUCAUUACUUCACUGUUGAACCCCUUGAAAAACAGAUUUGCAGCACCUGGGAAACCGGCAGUAUUCCUACCUAUGAAGAAGCCUUGAAUUGCCAGCCUGCUGAAAAUGCCCUAGACUGCACACAGUCUCACAGUAUGAAAGAAAACAGGCCACCCUUGUAUCAAGUGGCAGAUGAGAAUGACCUGCGACAAGGCAGUUGUAGACGCAGCUCUUCUGACAGUGCUUUGUUCCGGAAUAUUCUACCAAGGCUAGAGUCAGGAUCUUGGGAUGAUGCGAGCACUGUCUGUGACACCCCACCUCCUAGCUAUGAGAGUAUCAGCUCAUGCAACGGAUGAUCUAAGGAUCGGGUUUAUUGUUGAUUGAGAAUCUUUAGGUUGCUCUUCAGUGCAUUUCACUGCCACCUAUCUUGUUUCUUAAAUGAAUAAAUUCUGGCUAACAGGCAUGGAAAAAGUUAAAUAGCUAUAAAAUAUAUAUUUUGUAAGAGCUGCUUUAUCUUUUGUAGGAGCUGCUGCCUUAUGAUCAGAGAUCAGUCUCAGCAUAGCUUUCUUUAGUGACUGAUGUGUAUACAGUAAGCCUCAUGUAUCUAAAUGCCCUGGAGUCCAUCCAAAGUGCAUGGAUAGUUAACAGCUAUGUGGGACUUUUGUUGACAUGCAGCUAAAGUGUUACAGACCGGCAAGGAUAGAAUACUGUGAAUUUAAGUGACCAGGCUCUGUGUAAAUGGCAUGUGGAAAUUAGAGAGUUCUAAAGUGUUUCUAGUAAAUAAAAUGUUUGUCAAUUGGAAAUUACA